AUGGCAGAUGCUGAAGAUCCUCAAAAAAUUACUCGAUUUCGAGAAUCAGUUGAUAUUCAAGAAAUACCAAGACAAGGACAUGAAUCACAAUCAAUGCUCGAUGAAAAUUCGAAAGAAACAUCAGGAAAAUCAAAAUCCUGUGUCAAAAUAUUUAAAACAAAACAAAAUAUUUUUAUUAUGGUUGUUCUAAGUUGUGUUGUUCUUGGAACCGUAAGUCGUAUAUUAUUCAGUACAGAAAACAUUGAUGAUGAUUCUCUUACAUUUAAUGAUAUAUGUGAAAUUGGUACGAAACAAUGUGAUUCAAGAAAAAGUCUUGUUUGUAAUCAGAGUCGAUGUCAAUGUGACUAUUCAACUACAUAUUGGAAUACUAAUUUACUGACAUGUCUUCCACGUGUUAAUUAUUCUCAAGCAUGUCAGUUUGAUAAUGAAUGUUUGCCUACACUUAUUUGUCCGAAUAUAUCAGGUGUAUGUAAUUGUUCAGAAUAUCUACCUAAAUUAGUUUGUAACUGUGAGAAUACAAAAUAUUAUGAUCCAAUUCUAUCACAAUGUGUAAAUCGAGCAUCAAUCUAUGGUUCAUGUAUAACAUCAGCUAACUAUACAUGUCUUACAUCACUUCUUUGUUAUAAGGAAAUGGCUCGCAAACUGAUUAUAUAUGAAAUCAUACUAAUAAUAUUGAAUAUUUAUUGGUGUGAUGGAACAAUUAGUGGUACACGUGACCAGAUUGUUCUCGCAAAUUUUAAAGCACAAUUAUCAAAAGCUCGUACAUUAAAACAAGCUCUUGCUAUAUAUGCUGAUUCAAGUGUGAAUAAUAAACAUCAAGUAGCUAUGCAAACUGAUAUUCGUAAACUUGAAAAAAAUAUUGAUACACAAUUGAGUGGCUUUCAAUUGGCAGAAGAUGAUAAACUUGUUCCAUAUGUAAACGGUGGAUGUUUACCUCGUAUUACAUGUGUUCCUGUUUAUACUCAAGAAGUAACAACAGGUGGUAUUAUCUUUCCCAAUUGUGUUGAAGUUCAUCGAUGUUCUGGUUGUUGUCAAGAAGCACAAUUUUCAUGUGAACCAACUAAAAUCGAAUAUAUUUCAUUUAGUCCUAUUGUUAAAUUUGAACAUGGAGAAGGAUCUGCUUCACCAAUAGCUGCCUUACAACCAUUUAAAACAGAAAAUCAUACAGAAUGUACAUGCAAAUGUAAACUUGAUGAAAAUGCUUGUCCAAGCAGUGCUCAAAUAUUGGAUCGUGAAUUAUGCCGUUGUAGAGAACAAGCAUGUUUUCCUCAAUGUCAAGCAAUGCAACGUUGUCAAUUACUUAAUACACAAGAGAAACCAUCAUGUGUAUGUAAACGACCUAUUCCAGGUCAAAAUGGGGCACACUCAUGUUCUUCGGGUUAUCAACCUGAUGCUCGGUGCAAGAAAUGUAUGAAAUAUCCAUGA